UUCAAAGGUAACCCGCGGAUAUUUCUUUGAAGAACUGACCAGUCAACAAUCCCUCUUCCCAUGCAAAAACCUUGAGAAGACUUCGUCAACUCUAAGCCAGCAAGGCACCUUCACCUCUCUACCUGUCUCUGUUUCAUUCUCUAACUUAUUAGAUAAUCUCAGCCGUUCAUCAUUAAAAUCUAAUCAGAAAGAAAAAUUUACAGAUAAUUCUCUGGUAAAAAAUUUCAUCCGGACCAAUCAAAUUAUUCAAACCAAGCACGUCCUAAAUGAUUCUGAUUCUCUGAAACUAUCUUUUUUUCUGUCCUUUGUCUCUGACUAUGCAUGCAUGUAGGCAGCCUGUGUGUAAUUCUGAUUCAGUUUUCUAUUCUUAGAAACCUCCAUUUUCUUCUCCUUCUCUCUCAUUUUCUUUGCCACUCAAUUCAUCUCCUUUCCCUUCUCCCCUGUUUCUUCUCCCCUCAUUACUUCCUCGCCCGCUCUCGCUCCCCUUUCCUUCUCAAGGGCGCGCACGCCGCCCCGACUCGUGCGCGUACCUCCUCCUCUCAUGGCUUCCUUGCGCCAUCCUCACCACCUUCUUUUUCUUCUCUUCCUUUGUUUUUCUCCUCUCGCUGCUGAUUUCUCAUCUGCUGUAUCAGACUCCGAGGCCCUCCUCGCCUUCAAAUCCUCCCUCAAAGACGAAACCAACGCUUUAUCCUCCUGGGAAAACACCUCCUCCCCCUGCAAUGGCGAAGUCGCCAACUGGGUUGGCGUUCUCUGCAACAAAGGCGCAGUGUGGGGCGUCCAGCUGGAGAACAAAGUGCUUUCGGGGACUAUCAAUGUCGACGCAUUGAAGGAUUUGGCUAACUUGAGGACUCUAAGCUUCAUGCAAAAUAAUUUCCAAGGGUCAUUGCCGGAGAUUAACAAACUAGGUGUGCUGAAAUCUCUCUAUCUGUCAGGAAACCGGUUUUCCGGGCAGAUUCCGGGGGAUGCUUUUAAAGGGAUGUUGUCAUUGAAGAAGGUUCACUUGGCACAGAAUGGUUUUACGGGCGGUAUUCCGGCUUCAUUAGGGUCUUUGCCGAAGCUUAUUGAGCUGAGGCUUGAAGAAAACCAGUUUACUGGCGCCAUUCCUGAAUUUGACCAUCAGUUGCAGGAUUUAAACAUAUCUCAAAAUGCCCUCACAGGUCCUAUUCCCCGAGCUCUUACCAACAUGAAACCCGAUUCUUUUCAAGGGAAUAAGGAUCUAUGCGGACAACCAUUAAACGCGUGCGCUACACCUCCCGCUCUCGUCAGCGCGAGUCAGCCGAAUCAGCCGACUCAGCCGGCCGCCAUUACCAGCAAGAAGGUUCCAGUGUCGGGAAUAGCCGUCAUGGCGGUAAUUUCAGGCGCCGCCACUCUAGCCAUCCUUCUCGCCGUUUUCAUGGCUGUACGCAAACGGCAGAACCGAGCUGACUCAAUCGAGGCACCGACGCCAUCAAACCUUCAAAAGAAGAGCGGAAUCAGGGACUCAGACCAGGCGUCACAGGCCUCGUCGGAUAUUUCUGGAAGUAUGGGGAAGAAGCCAGAUGGCACGAAGCUGUCGUUCGUGAGGGACGAUAGGGAAAAGUUCGACCUUCCGGAUUUGCUGAAGGCAUCGGCUGAGAUUCUGGGUAGCGGCUGCUUCGGGUCGUCGUACAAGGCGGCUCUUGUUACUGGUCCGAUAAUGGUGGUGAAGAGGUUCAAGCAAAUGAACAAUGUGGGGAGAGAGGAGUUUCAGGAACAUAUGAGAAGGAUUGGCAGGUUAAGACAUGUGAAUCUUCUUCCUUUAGUGGCUUACUAUUAUAGGAAAGAGGAGAAGCUCUUGGUUACUGAUUAUGUUGAGAGAGGAAGCUUGGCUGUUCAUCUCCAUGGUCAUCAAACUUUGGGGCAGCCAAGCCUAGACUGGCCAAUCAGGCUAAAGAUCAUCAAGGGAGUAGCCAGGGGACUUCAGUACAUCUAUAAAGAGCUACCAAGCUUAAUCGCACCUCAUGGUCAUUUAAAAUCUUCAAACAUUCUACUUAGUCAAAAUUCUGAGCCCCUCCUUACUGAUUAUGGGUUGAUCCCUGUGAUCAACCAAGAGAGUUCUCAAGAAUUCAUGGUGGCCUACAAAUCCCCUGAAUACAAGCAACUCGGCCGCAUCACAAAGAAGACUGAUGUCUGGGGCUUUGGUAUACUCAUUCUCGAGAUCUUGACCGGGAAAUUCCCGACUAACUUUGUGCAAAAAGGGAAAGGAAAUGAAGAAGAUUUGGCAACAUGGGUGAACUCAGUUUUCACCGGAGAGUUUUCCACAGAGGUUUUUGAUAAGGAGAUGGAGGCUGCAAAGAACAGUGCAGGUGAAAUUGUGAAACUGUUGAAGAUCGGCCUCGCUUGCUGUGAAUCAGACGUGGAGAAAAGGGUGGAUUUAAAGGAGGCAAUUGAGAAGAUUGAAGAGUUGAAGGAGAAGGAAGGAGAAGAUGAUUUCUACUCUUCUUAUGCUAGUGAAGCAGAUGCCAAGUCUUCAAGAGCAGUGUCUGAUGAUUUCACUUUUUCAUGAUUGGUUACCAAUUCUUUUUUUUUUUUCUCGGCUAAAAAUUUAUUUAAUCUCUUUCGAUUUCAAUUUCUCUUUAGUGGGGGGAUUUAAAUUAAUUAAUGGGUUUUUCUUAAUGAAAUCUGUUUGAGCAAUUUCAGAGUGUACAAGAGGGGUGGAGGUUUUCAGGGUCUGGUGCAUGUGCAGGUGCUGUGUGCCAAUUUUUCUUUUUCUUCUAAGAAGCUGUAGGGUGGAAAGUUGCAGUUGAUAUGGGGUUGUUUGGUCAAUGCAAUCUAAUUUUUGUUUUUCA